AUGUCAGAACCUUCUAGCAGGCCGCAGCAGCCUAAAUUCAUUGGUGCUUUCAACUUUAUCGUUGAAGCAACCGGCACAUUGAUCGAUCUUGCAGGCGGUGGCGGGCAAGAACCCCCCGUAAUUGCAUAUAUGAUGCAAGACGACGGAAAUCACCGGAACCAAAUCUGGUCCGUUUAUUCUGUACCAGAUAAGCACACAGUUGUCAUUAAGAGCGAGGCAGACGGGAGGCUGACAAUUAUUGUAGGGCGGGACAGCCCAGUUCGCACAGAACAUGUUCACUGGAGCGAUGAACGUGCUCAGUGGCGGUUUCAAGGCAGCGAUAUCGAUAACCUGGACAACGGCGAACCAGUAUCAGUUUGCAGUGCAAGCCGCCCUGAUAGUGUUCUGGAUCUUGAGGGAGGCAUCCCUACCGGAAGAAUCCUAACGUACAACUAUCAUGGCAGCCCCAACCAGCUCUUCAAGCUUCAGAGGAAAUGGUGA